GCAGCAGCUUCAUUAUGCUCCACGCGACUGCACAACGCUACCGAGGGAUCAAAGAUGCGCGUUUGGACAGCAGGUCACAUUCCUAUAUCAAUCCGUCAUCGGUCACUAAUCCCCGCAGGAGGGGCUCCACCAUCACAGCGGAUUGUGGCUUCCAGCUCAGCAUAAACUUUGGCUGGAGACGAGAUAUAAGAGAAUAUGGAGACGCCCUGCCGGAGAACCCAAAGCUCAUUCGUCUUCUGAGGGAAAUCAUCUUACCCUUCUAGCCCACUCAGCUACACGCCACCCAACAUGCCGCUCUGGAGAAUCUACGCACACCCAGAUACCUUCACCUAUGACCAGAGGAAAGGUAUCGCAGAAGCCAUCACCAAACAAUAUGCGAUGCUACCUGCAUUCUAUGUCAAUGUCAUAUUUGUCGACGUGAAAGAAGAGGGAUUGUGGGUUGGCGGAGAGACGAAGAAGAACUUCGUCCGCUUAACAGUGGAGCAAAUCGCACGACAAAUGCCGAAUCCUGAUACUGAAGCAGGCCGAAAGCAACGUACAGCAUGGAUGGACAAGAUGAAUGAGACUCUGCGUCCAUACAUCCUUCAGCGACCUGAGAUCGAGUGGGAAAUCCACAUCGCGGAGACACCGAGAGAUUUGUGGCGCAUUCAAGGCAUCGAUCCACCACCUUCGAAUUCGGAGGAAGAGAAGGCAUGGAAAGAGAAUAAUAAAGCACGUUCGUAUUUGUGAUGAACUCGCAAAUUGGACGCUUGUGCUUCAUUAUGGAUGCACAUCUUGCGGCAAUCAAAGCAGCAUAUUUGAUGGAAAAUAAAGCUGGGGUGAUGAUCACAAAGCAAGAGUGACAAUGCUGUAAUGUUCUUGCAUAAGAAGAACAGGGAGACAAGUUACAGUCAUUCAUCUCCACAGACGAUUACAGGACCAGUGCCUAUAGUACCAGAAUAUUACCUCCUAGCUUUCAAUUGCCUGUGAUUGGCAACCUGAUAGCUAAGCUAGUCUUCUCGUCCCUACAUACGUCAAGGUCUCCACCACAACAUGCGACCUCGCCCGAUCGAGUCAAGAAUUCACAGACCAAGAGUACGAAGACCAUUCUGGAGAAGCAAUAACGCCCUUGAAAAGCACCCCGCAAAAAGAAAAGCCAUCUUUCGCAUUUCAAUUCAACGACAUACAUCUGCAGCAUAACAGCAUAUCAGCAGAAACACAGAAAGCCCGCGAAUACAACCAUGACUUCAGACACCGACGACCAAAACCCCACAAGAACAGGUCAAUGCCUUUGCGGCGCAAUCAAAUACUCUCUCACUGGCGCUUCAGCGAAACCUUACUACAAUACAAUCUGCCACUGUCUCAACUGUCGCCGAGUAAGU